AUGUCGAAGAAAGAAAAUAAUUAUGUGCUUAGCAAAGACGAAGAUUUGAAGCUGUUUGAAGAUUCGUUGUCGGAAGAUGAAGAAACUGUUGAAGUCAAUGGGUUUGAGGUCCUUGUUUCACAAAUACUUCGAUUUGACCUUCUCGGUUCACAUCUCUCAGGUUCUCAGGAAAAACAACUCAAGAAUGCUUUUAUUGAUGUCCUCCUCAACCUAAUCGAGACACUGUGCCAGUCAACAACAGAGCUUUCCUUAGAAGACCUAAACAAAGAAGAGAGUACCCUUUUUGAUCUUACUAGAGCAGGCUUGGAAGUGGGUUGGUUGCGUCAGAAGUGGGACGUAGCUUACUUGAAGAAGGAGAAACAGAGAGUUACUGGGGCCCGGAUCAGAGAACUCGAGGAACAAGUCAGGAAGCGAAAGCUGUCUUUGUCCGAUUUGGAAUCCGACCUUAAGAAUGAGAAAGCUGCGGCUUUGGUUGCUAAAUCUCGAACUGGAUUCAGAGAUAUUGUGUGA